CUCCUCUCCUCUCCUUCGCCGUCCCCUCCCCAGCACGCGUUCCCCCACAAAUUCCCCAAAUCGAACCCCAGAGGCGUCGCGCGAGCUCCAUCGCCGCCCCCUUCCGAUCGAUUCGAUUCGGUUCGGCCCCCGACCGAUCGCCGCCGGAGAAGAGGAUCGCCGCCGCCAUGUGGGCCGCGUCGUGCCUGGCGUCCUGCUGCGCCGCGUGCGCCUGCGAGGCGUGCCGCACCGCCGUCGGCAGCAUCGGCCGCCGCUCCGCGCGGAUCGCCUACUGCGGCCUCUUCGCGCUCUCCCUCCUCGCCUCCUGGGUGCUCCGCGAGGUCGCCGCGCCGCUCCUCCAGUCCAUCCCAUGGAUCAACCACUUCCACAAGACGCCGGACCGCGAGUGGUUCGAGACGGACGCCGUGCUCAGGGUCAGCCUCGGCAACUUCCUCUUCUUCACCAUCCUCGCCGCCAUCAUGGCCGGCAUCAAGGACCAGAAGGACCCUCGCGACAAGGUGCACCACGGCGGGUGGAUGGCCAAGAUCUUCUGCUGGGUCGUCAUCGUCUUCCUCAUGUUCUUCGUCCCCAACGGGGUUGUCAGCUUCUACGAAUCGAUUUCCAAGUUUGGAUCUGGACUGUUCCUUCUCGUUCAGGUUGUUCUUCUUUUGGACUUCGUGCAUGGAUGGAAUGAGAACUGGGUUGCUAAAGAUGAACAGUUCUGGUACAUGGCUCUGUUGGUUGUCUCGGUUGUUUGUUAUAUUGGCUCAUUCGCUUUCUCGGGUCUACUCUUUCACUGGUUCACUCCAUCGGGACAGGACUGCGGACUCAAUAUGUUCUUCAUUGUCUCCACACUGAUUCUUGUUUUUGUAUUCGCUAUUGUUGCGCUGCACCCAAAGGUCAAUGGAAGCUUGUUGCCUGCAUCAGUAAUAGGCCUUUACUGCACAUACCUGUGCUACAGUGGACUCUCCAGUGAGCCAAGGGACUAUGAGUGCAACGGGCUUCACAAUCACUCGAAAGCUAUGUCAACUGGUAGCCUUACGUUGGGAUUAUGUACCACCAUCCUUUCUGUGGUUUACUCUGCUGUUCGUGCUGGCUCUUCUGCAACUGUGCUCUCAGCACCAGACUCACCACGCGCUGGUGCCGACAAGCCACUGCUCCCCUUCAGCAAGGCCGAUGAGGAGGAAACCAAGGACGUGCCCAAGCCGGUGACAUACUCCUACUCGUUCUUCCACCUCAUCUUCUCCCUGGCAAGCAUGUACUCGGCGAUGCUCCUCACUGGCUGGUCGACCUCGGUCGGUGAGAGUGGAAAGCUUGUUGAUGUCGGGUGGCCGUCUGUCUGGGUCAGGAUUGCGACCCAGUGGGCAACGGCAGGUCUGUUCAUCUGGUCCCUCGUCGCUCCCCUCCUGUUCCCAGACAGGGAGUUCUAGAUCGACCUGGUUACCUGCUAGUGCAUCAUCCGUUUGGAGCCACCUACGUAUCGUAUCGAACGUGUUUCGGCUGUGAUGGCUAAGCUGACUAUCUGUAUCUGGUCUGUAAUAUUGUGUGAGCAAACCCAUGGCAAGGAGCUGGUGUUUGUGUGACGUUGUCGAGUGUGGUCUGCAUAACGUGUGACCUAAGGCAUUGUUGCCAGUAUUUCAAGAUACGGUCUUGGUUGUAUAUAUAUUGAAGUCGAUCUAUCUCUGUUUCAUUGGUGUG